AUGGGUUGGCUGAUGUCCGAAGUCAACCGCGCUGUUACGAAGCGUGUAGAGAAUGCAGAGAAGUGCUUCAGUGGAGAGCCUGAUUUCAUGCGAUACUCCUUUCAUCACCGAUUCAAUCCGGAGACCAGAAAGCACUUGCCAUACUUUGUUGCCACCAUCAAGGAAGGUCUCCGCAUGCAUCCACCAGCUACCACUCUGUUCGCCAGGGUUGUGCCAAAAGAGGGGAAAUGA